CAGCUUAGGUACACACUUGACGGGAGAGUGGUUAAAAAUGCAAAUGCUUACCCAUUUCUCGGCUUCGCUCUCUCACGCCCCUGCUUCUUCCCUCACCGCCACCGCCCUAUACAUCCGCUUCUCCCCUAAACUUCUCUGCCCCAAAUUCCCCUGCAGGCCGCUUCAACUCCGCCGCCGCCUCUUCUUCACUGCGUCGAUGGACUCCCCGCCCUCCGCCGCUGCCGCUGCCGCCUCCGCCACCGUCGAUUCAGUGACCGAUGAUUUCGGGAAGCAGAGCUUGGAGAGUUCCACCAGUUGUAAACUCAAGCUUGAAGACCUCAAUUGGGAUCAUUCUUUCGUUCGAGAACUGCCGGGUGAUCCCAGGGCCGAUAACAUGCCCAGGGAGGUGUUGCAUGCUUGCUUUACUAAGUUAUCUCCUUCUGCUGAGGUGGAGAAUCCCCAGCUUGUUGCAUGGUCAGACUCAGUUGCAAAGUUUCUUGAAUUGGAUCCUAAAGAAUUCGAGAGAUCAGAUUUCCCACUGUUAUUCUCUGGAGCUUCACCUUUGGUGGGAUCGAUGCCUUAUGCCCAAAACUAUGGAGGGCAUCAAUUUGGAAUGUGGGCUGGCCAGUUAGGUGAUGGUCGUGCAAUAACUCUUGGAGAGGUUCUAAACUCAAAGUCUGAAAGGUGGGAACUGCAGCUUAAAGGUGCUGGGAAGACACCAUACAGCCGGUUUGCCGAUGGUCUGGCAGUGUUGCGUAGUAGUAUUCGAGAGUUCUUGUGCAGUGAAGCAAUGCACAGUCUAGGAAUCCCGACAACUCGGGCACUAUGCCUUGUGACGACGGGGAAAUAUGUCACCCGCGACAUGUUCUAUGAUGGCAAUCCAAAGGAUGAACCUGGUGCAAUUGUUUGCAGAGUUGCUCAAUCCUUUUUACGUUUUGGUUCAUACCAAUUACAUGCCUCCAGAGGGAAGAAGGAUCUUGACAUUGUCCGUACUUUGGCAGACUAUACCAUUAGGUAUCACUACCCCCAUCUACAGAACAUGAGUAAGAGUGAAUGUAUAUCUUUCAGCACUGGACAAGAGGAUGAUUCAGUAGUGGAUCUAACGUCGAACAAAUAUGCAGCCUGGGCAGUAGAAGUUGCUGAGCGCACUGCUUCAAUGAUAGCGGGUUGGCAGGGUGUUGGAUUCACCCAUGGAGUGAUGAAUACUGAUAACAUGAGUGUACUGGGACUCACCAUUGAUUAUGGCCCUUUUGGUUUCUUAGAUGCAUUUGAUCCCAGUUAUACACCAAAUACCACUGAUCUUCCAGGGAGAAGAUACUGUUUUGCUAAUCAGCCUGAUAUAGGGUUGUGGAAUGUUGCACAAUUUACAUCAACUCUGUCUACUGCUGAAUUGAUAAACGAUAAGGAGGCAAAUUAUGCCAUGGAAAGAUAUGGGAUCAAAUUUAUGGAUGACUAUCAAGCAAUCAUAACCAAAAAACUUGGUUUGCCCAAGUAUAAUAAGCAGUUGAUUGGUGAUCUUCUGAAAAAUAUGGCUGUUGAUAAAGUGGAUUACACAAAUUUCUUUCGGUCGCUGUCAAAUAUUAAAGCAGAUCCCACAAUUCCAGAACAGAAGUUAUUGAUUCCAUUGAAGGCUGUUCUAUUGGAUAUAGGUAAAGAGCGCAAAGAGGCAUGGACAAAUUGGGUACAGUCAUACAUACAAGAGCUCUCAACUAGUGGCAUUUCAGACGAGGAGAGGAAGGCCUCCAUGGAUUCUGUAAAUCCUAAAUAUGUCCUACGAAACUAUUUAUGCCAAAGUGCCAUAGAUGCAGCUGAGCAAGGCGAUUUUGCAGAGGUCCGCCAACUACUAAAGGUUAUGGAACGCCCAUAUGAUGAGCAACCGGGAAUGGAGAAAUAUGCUCGCUUACCCCCAGCCUGGGCUUAUCGUCCUGGUGUCUGCAUGCUUUCGUGUUCUUCGUGAGUUGUCCAUGAUACACUGCCAUACAAUGGGGAUUAAAGUUUUUACUCAUAUAAAAUGCAGAUAUUGUUGUAGGAAUCUGUAGAAGAAGUUUGUAGCCAUUCCAUUUACCUAAUUUUAUUGUUACUCCUCAAAGCUCCCUUUGUAUAGUAGAUAUUUGGUGCCUAUAAGUCUUUGGAAGAAUAUGAAUUCCUUUUAUAGCAAAGAUCUUGCUUCUUUUCUUUUUA